AUGGGCAUAAAGCUCGCGUCCGUUGACAGUGACGUCGACAUCAAGUUCCGUAUAGCGAGUGGUGACCGCGACAAGUUUUUCAAAGCGGAGGAGCGCACGGUCGGCGAUUUUUGCUUCCUCCUCAUUCGGACUCGUACCAGCAACGUCGACGUGCUGAAUCGCGAGCGUAAAGACCGAUAUGUGCUCGAAGUGCGUGCGACCACGAGCAGACGCGACGAUAUGAACCGGGCGAUCACGCUCGAGGCGGACGCCACGGUGGUGGUGACGAUCCUCGAUACGAACGAUCUCAAUCCGCUGUUCUAUCCGACCGAGUACGAGACCACCGUGACGGAGGACACGCCUUUGCAUCGCAGUAUACUCAGGGUAAUCGCCGAGGACGCCGAUCUGGGCAGAAACGGCGAGAUUUACUAUAGCUUCGCCGAGGAGACCGAUCAGUUUGCCGUUCAUCCGGUCAGCGGCGUAAUAACGCUCACGAGACCACUGAGGUACGCGGAGCGCGCGAUACACGAACUGGUAGUCCUGGCGAAGGAUCGCGGCGCCUUGUUCCGUUCCGUAGGUGCCAGUCGUGCGAGCACCGCCAAGGUGACGAUCAGAGUGCGGCAGGUGAAUCUGUACGCGCCCGAGAUCUACGUGCAUCAUCUGCCCGACAUCGUGGAGCACUCGAACGCCGACAUCUACGCGAUCGUGCGAGUGAUCGACCGUGACGAGGGCCCGCACGGUCAAAUCGCGAGCCUCGAAAUCGUGGGUGGCGAUCCGGCCGGCCACUUCAGGGUGCGUCAGGUCAGCGGGCCGCGAUCCGGCGAAUACAAUAUCGAGGUGCUGCACCUGCUGGAUCGCGAGACCGCGUUGCAGGGCUACAAUCUCACUCUGCGCGCCACCGAUCGCGGGGUGCCGCAACGGUACAGCUACAAAUUCGUGCCGGUGCACCUGACCGAUCUCAACGACAACGCGCCGGUGUUCAGUCGCGAGAUCUACGAGGUGAAGGUGCCGGAGACGGCGCCGAUCAACACACCGGUGAUCAGACUCAAGGUGACCGACGCGGACGAGGGCAAGAACGCGUUGGUGUUCCUCGAGAUAGUGGGCGGCAACGAGGGUGGCGAGUUCCACGUGAACGCCGAGACCGGCAUGCUGUACACGGCGGUGAACCUGGACGCGGAGAAGAAGGCGUUUUACACGCUGACGGUGUCGGCGGUCGAUCAGGGUAACGCCGGCACCAGAAAGCAAUCCUCGGCCAAAGUGAAGAUCAACGUGGUCGACACGAACGACAACGAUCCGACCUUCGACCAGCCGGAGAAGGAGGUGUGGAUAGACGAGAACGAGCCGGCGGGCACGUCGGUCGUGCGUGUGACCGCCAAGGACCGCGACUCCGGCGAGAACGCCUACAUAUCGUACAGCAUCGACAACAUCAAGAAAGUGCCGUUUGAGAUCGACCACUUCUCCGGCAUCGUCAAGACGAGGCAGGUGCUCGACUACGAGACCAUGAAGCGCGAGUACCUGCUGCACGUGCGCGCCAGUGACUGGGGCUUGCCGUACCGGCGUCAGGCGGAGAUGCAGCUGCGAGUCCGGGUGCGCGACGUGAACGACAAUCGGCCGCAGUUCGAGCGGAUCGAUUGCACCGGCCACGUGCCGCGUUACGUGCCGAUCGGCACCGAGAUCAUCACCGUGUCCGCGAUCGACUUCGACGCCGGCAACAUCAUCAGCUACCGCAUAGUUUCCGGCAAUUCGGACGGCUGCUUCGCCCUCGACUCCGCCAGCGGGGUGCUCUCGGUCGCCUGCGACCUCACGGACAUCAAGGCGAACGAGAGGCUCGUCAACAUCACCGCCACCGACGGCACGCACUUCGCCGACGUGAAUCCCGUGCACAUGCACCUGGUGAACGCCAAGCGGAAUCUCGGCUCGCAAGCGAGACUGCUGACGGACGAGGCCGGCGCGUUCGAGUGCCACGACACCGGGGUCGCGCGCCGGCUGACCGACGCGAUCGCCUCCGCCGAGAGGAACAACAUGCCGUCGCGGGACGACGAGUACACGCUGACACCGAGUCGUUACGGCGAGAACGUGCACGCGCCCGAGUUUCUCGACUUUCCGGACGAGAUCCGCGUGAACGAGUCGGCCAAGCUCGGCACGACCCUCGUGCGUAUACGCGCCCGCGACCGCGAUCUCGAUUACAACGGCAAGCUUGUGUUCUGCAUCUCCAGCGGCGACCGCGACUCCGUCUUCGGCAUCGAGCCGGACACCGGCGAGCUCGAGGUGAUCGGUUACUUGGACCGCGAGAGGGAGAGCGAGUACUACCUCAACAUAAGCGUGUACGAUCUGGGCAAGCCGCAAAAGUCCGCCUCGAAGAUGCUGCCGGUCACCGUUCUCGACGUCAACGACAACGCGCCCAAGUUCGACAAGUCCCUGGCGAGCUUUCGCAUCUCCGAGACCGCUCUGAACGGCACGAACGUCUGGCGAGCCAACGCCACCGACGCCGAUCUCGGUGAUAACGCGCGCGUCGCCUACUCCCUCGUAACGGAGACCGCCGACUUUCGGGUGGAUCCCGUGACCGGCGUGCUCAGCGUGUUCGGCAAGCUCGACCGAGAGCGGCAGGAGAUUUACGAACUGAGAAUCCGCGCGCGCGACAACGGCGGCAAGAGCUCCGACGAUCCGCCCUUGUACUCGGACGCGUUGGUCCGGGUGACGGUGGACGACGUCAACGACAACGCGCCCACCUUCGCGCUGUCGAGCUACAACGUGAAGAUUCGCGAGGACGUGCCGGUGUGGACGGUCGUGGCGGUCGUGGACGCCACCGAUCCCGACGAGGGCGCGGGCGGCGACGUCGAGUACUUUCUGUCGGACGCGAUGGAGAGCGAGGGCUUCUUCAAGGUCGACAAAGUGUCCGGCACGGUGAAAACGACUCAGACUCUGGACUUUGAGGAACGGCAGGUGCACACGCUGACGAUAGUCGCGCGCGAUCGCGGUGAGCCGUCCCUGUCCUCCGAGACGAUGGUCAUCAUCGAAGUGGUCGAUGUGAACGAAAAUCUACACGCGCCGCUCUUCGAUGACUUUGUUGCGUCCGCGAGUGUCUUCGAGAAUCAACCGGUCGGCACCCUCGUCACCACGGUUCGAGCCAGGGAUGCGGAUCCGCCUGGUGGGGACUCGAGAAUCGGAUACAGCAUCCGGGGAGGCGACGGCAUCGGCGUCUUCUCCAUUGAUAAUGAAGGAAACAUCAGGACCAGAGUGGUGCUCGACGUCGAGACCAAGGGAGGUUACUGGUUGACGGUUUACGCCCAAGAUCACGGAGUGGUGCCGCUGAGCACGAGUCUACAAGUCUACAUCGAGGUGCUGGACGAGAACGAUAACACGCCGCUGACCGAACACCCGGUUUACUAUCCCUCCGUGCCGGAGAACUCACCCGCCGGCGUUAGCGUCCUGCAGAUCCGCGCCUUUGAUCGCGACGCCUCGCCCCAGCGAUUUGUCUUCUCCAUCAGCAGCGGCAAUCCGGAGGGUUAUUUUCUCAUCAACUCCACCACCGGUCUCAUUACCACCAGCGGUAGAAAGCUCGACCGCGAGAAUCAAGCGGAGCAUGUGUUGGAGGUGACAGUAAGAGACGAUGGCAAACCUCCGUUAUCGUCGACUACGAGGGUCGUCAUUGAGGUUGCGGACAUUAACGAUCAUAGACCCGACUUUGAGCAGAAGUUUUACACGGUUCAAAUUCCAGCGUCGAUGGCGACCGACAAACCGCUCUUCCAGAAAUCGAGGAACCGCUCGCGGGAGUUCGACCUUUCGAUCGAUACGUUACUAGAGAACGGGACUUGGGAGACAUUUAGCCCCGACACCCUGUCAGGAGAUCGUAUCUUCAGGGUACUCGCAAAGGACCAAGAUAUCGGUGAUAACGGGAGAAUUCAAUACAGUAUCAAGAGUGGCCGAGGAAAAGGCAAGUUUAAGAUUCACCCCACUACAGGCAUGGUAUACUCGCAGCGUGGGCUCGAAGCUGAUCAAGAAUAUGAAAUGUUGUUGAAACUCGACUCGAAAUCGAAAUUGUCACGUGUGCAACGUAUCCUACAGAUACGAGCGACCGAUCACGGUGAACCGCAGCGUAGUCAUCAGACUCGAGUUUCCGUUCAAGUUGUCGAAACACCGAAGAAAUCGGAGCACUCUCCGGUGUUCAAGACGAACAAUCAAAGCGUGGAUGUAACAGAAAGUGACGAGGUGGGCUUUUUAGUAGCUCUCGUGCAAGCCACCGACAAGGACGGUGAUUCUCUGUGGUACGAUAUUCUAGACGGGGACAAAGACGACGAAUUCUUCAUCGGUCGCGACAACGGCAACGUGCUGCUGGCCAAGCAGCUCGACUGGGAGAGCCAGAACUUUUACAACCUCACCAUCGGCGUAACGGACGGUGUGCACACCGCGCUGACGCAGCUGUUCGUUACGGUGAUCGACAUCAACGAUCACCGGCCGGAGUUCAGCGAGAGCACGUAUCACGUCGACAUCUCCGAGAACGUCGAGAAGGGUGAGAGGAUCCUGCAGUUGCACGCGACCGACCGGGACGAGGACAAGAAGGUCUUCUACAGCCUGCACGCGGCGCAGAGUCAAGCGUCCCUCGAGAUCUUCCACGUGGACUCGGUGCUCGGCUCGAUCACUCUGAACGAGCCGCUCGACCGGGAGGCCAUCGAAAGGCACGUACUGACGGUGAUGGUGAAGGAUCAGGGCACGCCCGCCAAGCGCAACUACGCCCGCGUCAUCGUCACCGUGCACGAUCACAACGAUCAUGCGCCCGAGUUCAUCAGCGAGAUCAUCCAGGGCAAGGUGUACGAGACCUCGCCGGUCGGCACGGCAGUGGUACAGGUGUGCGCGAUCGAUCGGGACCGCGGCGAGAACGCGCGAAUCACCUACUCGAUCACAUCCGGCAACGUCGGCAACGUGUUCGCGGUCGAUCCGGAUCUGGGCUUCAUUCGCGUCGCUCGCGAGCUCGACCUCGGCGUCACCUCGGAGUACAUACUCCUCGUGAAGGCGACGGAUCACGGCUCGCCGGCGUUGUCGAACACAGUGCCAGUGCACGUGAUGGUCACGAUGGCCGAUAACGCACCGCCGCGCUUCGUUCAGAAGGAGCUCUCCGCGGAGAUCUACGAGAAUCAGCAGCUGGGCACGUACGUGAAGCACGUCGAGGCUAGGAGCACGUCGUCACUGCAAUUUGAGAUCGUGCGCGGCAACCGCGACGAUACUUUCUUCGUGAAUCCUAGCACCGGUGUGAUCGUCAUUAAGAAUCAGUUGGACUACGAGAAGACCAAGUUCUACAACCUGUCGGUUUCGGCGACGAAUAUGGCCGGCGCGUCCGCCGUCUGCAACGUCAUCGUCCACGUGCUCGACAGGAACGACAACGCGCCGCGGUUCCUGCAGGCUCUGUAUAGCGGAGGGAUCAGCGAAGGUGCCAGCAUCGGCUCGCUCGUGCUGACCAACACGAGCGCGCCGUUGGUCAUCAAGGCCGAAGACGCCGAUUCCGAGCUGAACGCUCUGCUCAACUACGACAUCGUCGAGGACCUGCCGCGCAAGUACUUCCACAUUGACUCCAGCACCGGCGCCAUCAGGACAGUCAUGGUGCUCGAUCACGAAACUAUACCGAUGUUCUCGUUCCACGUGAAGGUCUCGGAUCUGGGCAAGCCAAAACUCUCCUCCGAGACCACUGCCAAAGUGAUGAUCGCCGUGACGGACGUGAACGAUUGCCCGCCCAAGUUCUCCAAGACUGAUUACAACGUCACGCUCCUGCUGCCGACGUACAAAAACGUCGCCGUCAUCCGGGUGAACGCUGCAGAUCCCGACAGCUCCGAGGGAACCGCCUUGAGGUACGACAUUAUAGACGGGAAUAAAGCUCACACCUUUGACAUAGACGCCCAGAGCGGCAUCAUUACCGUCCACAAUUCAGAACGUAUGAAGAAAAGCUAUCUUCUCCACGUGCGAGUGUCAGACGGCAAAUACUCGAGCGUAGCGCAGGUGAAUGUGAUGGUGGAGAAGUCGGAGAAUUCCGGUUUGAUCUUCCAGAAGAACGUCUACGAGGGUGCCAUACUAGAGAACUCCACGAAAAUUACGACCGUGAUGGUGGUGAACGUCCUCGGUAGUUCCCUGAACGAGCACAUUGUCUUCAGCAUUCUUAAUCCCACCGACAUGUUCGUAAUCGGACCGACCUCGGGCGCGAUCAGAACCACCGGCAUACGAUUCGAUCGGGAAACGUGCGAUCAUUACGAAUUAAUCGUCGAGGCCAAGAGCCAUCCGCCGGACCGCGAGAAGCCCCGAGUGGCUCACGUUAUAGUCAAUGUCACGAUACUCGACAUCAAUGACAAUUGCCCAAUGUUCGUUAAUUUGCCGUAUUACGCAGUCGUGUCGGUCGAUGCCCAGAAGGGCGACGUUAUUACGAAAGUGCACGCGGUAGAUAUGGAUAGCGGUGACAACGGCGAGGUGAGAUACGAACUGAAGAAGGGUCACGGGGAGCUCUUUAAGGUGUGCCGGAAAACCGGCGAGAUAUCGUUGAAGCAGAAUCUCGAGGGCCACAAUCGUGAAUAUCAGCUUACGAUCGCUGCGUACGACGGCGGAAUAACGCCUUGCUCCAUUGAGGUGCCAGUCAAUGUGAAGGUGAUAGAUCGCUCGAUGCCAGUAUUUGACAAGCAAUUCUACACGGAUAGCGUGCUCGAGAGUAUAGAAGUACAUUCACCCCUGGCGUUAUCCAUCCAAGCUGAGUCACCGUUGAGUCGCAAACUCAUAUACAGCAUCACCAAGGGCAACGAUUUCGAAGAGUUCGCCCUGGACUUCAACACUGGUGUAAUCUAUGUGGUGGAUGAGCUGGAUUAUGAGCAAAAGAAGCAGUACGAACUGACCGUACGCGCCACCGACAGCGUGUCGGGCGUUUACGCGGAGGUGCUGGUUAGCAUCCUCGUCCUGGAUGUAAACGACUGCCCGCCCGAAUUCACGCAGGAUUCCUACAACAUCUCGGUGUCGGAAGCGGCGUCGUUCGGGACCUCCGUCUUGCGAGUGAGCUCGAGGGACAAUGACACGGGCAUAAAUCAAAAGGUUCGCUACGCCAUACAAAACGACACGGAAAACAGCACGGAUCUCUUCCACAUCGAUCCCGACGAGGGUGUAAUAUUUCUCAAGCGGUCCCUGGACCACGAGACCCGCGAAUCCCAUCAUUUCACGGUGAUCGCUAUGGAUCGCGGAGUGCCCAGCCUGUCGAGCACGGCGCACGUAUGGGUGAGCGUGAUCGACAUGAACGACAACCCGCCCAAGUUCGAGCAACCAUCGUACACCUGCUCGCUCUCGGAGCACGCCGAGCGCGGUCAAUUCGUCACGGUAGUAUCGGCCAGCGAUCCCGACUACGUUGACGAAAAGCUGACAUACACUAUCGUGGGUGGUAACGAGCAGCAGACAUACAACAUUGACCAGUCGAGCGGCAUCAUCUCGCUCAUAAACAUGCAAAACUUUGGCGAACAAAAACUCAGCAUGCUCAACGUCUCCGUCACCGACGGCGUGUACACCAGCUUCGCACGCGUCAAGAUCGAGAUUCUGCCGGCGAACCGACACAAUCCCAAGUUCCCGAACCCGGUGGUCGAGGUAACGGUCCUGGAGAACCAACUGCCCGGCAGGCUGGUCACCAGCGUGUUAGCCGUGGACGAGGACUUUGGCGAGUACGGCACGGUGAUGUACGCGAUAAUGUCGGAGACGAUGAAGGAGAUAUUCGAUAUCAAUAAGUUGACCGGCGAGAUCGUGACGCGCAAGAAACUCGAUCGGGAGCAGCUGAAGCGCUACGAGAUACCGGUGAUAGCGACGGACGGCGGCGGUAGAUCCGGAUUCGUGAUGGUGCGAGUCAAGGUCGGCGACGAGAACGACAACGCGCCGGUGUUUCUGCUUCGUGAAUACAAGGCGACCAUUCAGAGCAACCUGUCCCUGAACACGCCGUUCCUGAAGGUCAGGGCACAAGACGCGGACGAGGACGAGGCCGCCAAGAUCGUUUACUCCAUCUACGAGACGCAAACGGCGCCCGCCAGGUUGCUGUUCGGCAUCAAUCCCGACACGGGAGCUCUCUUCCUGCAGAAGAGCGCCUUGCCGUGGGAGAACCAAUUAUUCGAGCUCUUUAUCCGCGCGGAGGACAAAGGUACGACCACGCAUCACGCCGAUGUGCCGCUCAGCAUCUACAUAAUGGGUCCUCACGAUAUCCCGCCGCUGUUCGAACGGAAAGAAGAUAAGUUCUUUAUAAGCGAGGCCUCUUCUAUCGGCACGCCAAUCACGAAACUGAAAACCGUCACUAACAGUACCGUGACGUAUCGCAUAAUAUCUGGCGACGAGGAUAACCCGCUCUUCACGAUCGAUUCUCACGGCCAAAUUACUCUGGCGAGGCCAUUAGACCGGGAAUUGAAAGACAGCCAUUUAAUUGGCGUCCUCGCCGAGACGGAUUCGAGCCCGCCACUCACGGCCCUCGCCAAGAUCUCGCUUCAGGUGCUGGACGAGAACGAUCACGCGCCGAAAUUCGAGAGCAACCCGUACGCGAUCAGCUUAGCGGAGAACAUCGAGGAAGGUACGUCGAUAUUGAAGGUCAUCGCGCACGACAAGGAUCUUGGUAGCAACGGCGAGGUUCGUUACUCCUUCGGAUCCGACAUCGGGGAAUUGGCGAAUGUAUUUACGGUGGACGCUUAUACCGGCUGGAUAUCGACCCUGGUACAGCUCGACAAGGAGAAGCAACCGGAGUAUAAAUUUCAGGUGGUCGCCACAGACAAUGGGAAUCCGAAGCAUUUCGCGAGAGCAUCGGUACACGUGAAAUUAAAGGACUACAACGAUAACGCGCCCGCGUUCGUCGACGAUCGUUACGAGGCUACGGUGAACGAGGACGCCUUGCCGGGGACGGUUGUGGUAAAGUUGAUCACCGUCGACAAAGACUCUGACGUUAACACGCCGAUAGAAUUCUACAUAACGUCUGGCGAUCCCAGAUCGCAGUUUCAAAUCAGAUCCACCGGCGAGGUGUAUGUCGCAAAGUCAUUGGACAGAGAGACCAUCGAUCGCUACGAACUCGAGAUUGUCGGUACCGAUGGAAAGUACGUCUUUGAAACGAGAGUGACGGUACAAGUUUUGGACGUCAACGACAAUCCACCGUAUUGCCUGCGGUAUCGCUAUCGGGAGGUGCUCUCGGAGGGUUCACACCCCGGCGCCUACGUUCUGACCGUGUUGGCCACCGACUACGACGACGAACCGAACGCCAAGUUACGGUUCUACCUGACCGGCGAGAAUAACGACAAGUUCUCGUUGGAUAAGGAAACCGGCGUGCUAAAAACCGUCGGGCAGCUGGAUCGAGAGACUCAGGCCAGGUACUCGCUGAUCGCCCAUGUGCAGGACCGUGACAAGCCGAUGUGGGAGUGUUCCUCGCAGCUGGAGAUUCUCAUCUCUGAUCUCAAUGACAACGCACCGAGAUUCACCAUGCAGACCUACAGCAGCACCCUGCCCGAGGACGUGGAGGUCGGCACGUUGGUGACAAAAGUACACGCCACGGACGACGACAUCGGCAUCAACCGGAAGAUUCGUUACGAGUUUAUCGACUCCGCGGAUGGUCACUUUUUCAUCGCUGCAGACAGCGGCAUAGUCACGCUGGGUAAACCACUGGACAGAGAAACCAAGGCCAUGUACAAUGUGACUAUUCAAGCGCUGGAUCAGGGCACCCCACAACUGAUGGGCGUCGCCUCGCUCAUCGUGAACGUGCAGGACAUCAACGACAAUCCGCCAGAGUUCGCUUCCAAGGUUUACUUCGCGAGAGUGCCCGAGAUCUACGCGGUUGGCACCGAGGUGGCCAGAGUUCUCGCCACCUCCAAGGACACGGGGGUGAACGCCGAUAUAUAUUAUUCGAUCGUCGGCGGUAACGAGCACAAAAAGUUCCAGAUAGACGCCAAGACGGGCGUCGUCACCAUUGCCGAGCUAUUGGAUUACGAGCGAGCUCGUGAUUAUUUCCUUACCAUUCAAGCGGUCGACGGAGGUAUCCCACCACUGAGUAAUCACGCGACCGUCAACAUUACUGUCACCGACAGCAACGAUAACGCGCCGAUCUUCAGUGAGGUUUCGUACAGAGCCGCCGUGAGAGAAGACGCAAAGAUCGGGGAGAAAGUUGCACAGGUGUACGCAAACGACCUGGACAGCGAGGAGAACGGUAACGUGUCGUAUUACAUUGAACGCGGCGACAGGCAGAAACAGUUCUCUAUUGACAGAAAGACCGGACAGAUAACCGUCGCCGCGCCGUUGGACCGAGAAGAAAUUGCAAACUACGUGCUGGAGGUACACGCACGCGACAGCGGCAUACCGAUGCUCUCGAGUUUCGUGAUGGUGAACAUCGAGAUUAUGGAUGCGAACGAUAAUCCACCGUUGUUCUCCUUGCCAAAUUACACCGCUGUCGUGCAGGAGGACAAGUCGCUCGGCCAUACGGUGCUGCAAUUCGUGGUCACCGAUGCGGACACCGAGCCGAACGCCGAGCCCUACACCUUCGAUUUUCGCUCCGGGAACGAGGGCGACGCCUUCCGGCUAGAACAGGACGGUACUCUGCGCACAGCAACGAAAUUUAAUAACAGAGUGAAGGAUAAGUACGUAUUGCACGUCCGAGUGUUCGACAAUGGCAGCCCGCCGUUAUGGUCCGACGCGUGGGUUGUAAUCAAGGUGAUCGAGGAGUCGCAAUACCCGCCGGUAAUUACGCCCCUCGAGGUGAUUAUCAAUUCUUACAUGGACGAGUAUCCCGGCGGCGUUAUCGGGAAAGUCCACGCGACUGACCAGGACCAGUACGACACGCUUCUCUUCGGCCUAGUGCCGUCGUCCGCGAUGAUCCCGAGCAACGAUCUCUUCCAAAUACACGAGGCGGACGGCACACUAGUGGCCCUACCUAGACUCGACGUCGGCGAGUACAGGGUGAAUGUCAGCGUGACGGACGGCAAGUUCCACUCGCAUUCCAUCGUCAAGGUCAAUGUCGAUCUCGUAACCGAAAAGAUGCUCGAGAACUCGGUGAUCGUGAGAUUUCGGGAGGUCAGCCCGGAGGACUUUAUCCUGAGUCACCGCAAGGGUUUCGUCAGGACCGUUCGCAACGCGAUGAACUGCAGACUCAAAGACAUUGUCAUCAUCAGCGUGCAGCCGUCGAGCGACGAGACGAACCUGAUUAAAUCGCGAGCUGUACGCCAGGCGGUGCACAACGACCUCGAUCUUCUGUUCGCCGUGAAGAAGUCGGCGAAUCCGUCGACCUACCACGUGUCGGAGGCUGUGCGCGAAUUGCUGAACCAGCACUUGGAGGAGCUGGAGGAGUCGACGAAACUGGUGGUCGAGGAGAUUGUCCGGUUCAAGUGCAACAAAGGCUUCUGCUUUUACGGCGAGUGUCAGGACAAGAUCAUUCUCGAUCCCAAGCAGAUCACGCCUGUGGCGACGGAUGUGAUGAGCUUUGUGUCGCCGCGGCAUAAGCACAGGAUAGAGUGCAAUUGCAAGGAGGGGUACGCCGGCACUCACUGCGAAGUGGUGGUGAACGAGUGUGCCCGAAAUCCUUGUCCAUCGUUCAAGGUCUGCGUGCCGGACUCGUCCGUUCAAGGCUACUCCUGUCAGUGCCCCGAGGGAUUCGCCGGACAGAUCUGCGACAUCGACAUCUCCAAGUGCCAUGACGAGUCGUGCUACAUACCGCGCAAUCCCAUAUCGUUCAGCGGCAAGAGUUACGCGCGCUACAAGAUCGACAAGGCGCUGAUACGGCAAACGAUCGAGGACCGCCUGAGCCUGUCCCUGAGGAUCCGAACGGUGCAGCCCACCGGCAAUUUGAUGUACGCAGCCGGCAAAGUGGACUACAAUAUCUUGGAGAUAGUGAACGGGGUGAUGCAGUACAAAUUCGACCUUGGCAGUGGCGAGGGCCUGGUCAGAGUGAGCAGCGUGUACGUGAGCGACGGGCAGUGGCACGAGGUUCAGUUGGAGCGGGAGAGCAACAACGCUCGUCUGACCGUCGACGGCACGCAUAUAGCGCACGGCUCGGCGCCCGGCAUCAACGACAUUCUUAAUCUACAGUCGGACGAUCUUUACCUGGGCGCCGAGGUUAGGCAACAUCCAUCAAUCAUCGGCUUCGAGGACGUGCAACGUGGUUUCGUCGGCUGCAUGGACGACGUCAGGAUCGCCCGAGUGUCCGUGCCGUUGCACAUGAGCGGCGCCAGCAGCGUGGCGAUUCUCAAGCGUUUCGCCAACGUCGAAUUCAGCUGCGACACGGCGACCAUUCUGGUGCCGCCCGGCAUCUGCGGCUCGCAGCCCUGCCAGAACGGCGGCACCUGCAAGGACUCGGGUGGCGACAGUUACGAGUGUCAGUGUCACAGCAGGUUCGCCGGGCUGGCUUGCGAGAUCGACACCGAUCCGUGCGCUUCCUCGCCCUGUCUCUACGGCGGGCGUUGCAAGGUCGUGCCGGAGGGCGGCGAUUAUACCUGCGAAUGCGUCGGGCCGAGCCUCAGCGGCAAACGCUGCGAAUUCGGCAGGUAUUGCAGCCCGAAUCCGUGCAUCCACGGCGGGGUGUGCGAGGAGGGCAACAACGGUCCAAUCUGCAAGUGCCAAGGCUUCACCGGCGAGCGCUGCGAGACCGACGUGAAUGAGUGCGACGCGAGCCCUUGCACGAACGGCGGCACCUGCGUCAACGAGAUUGGCACGUACCGGUGUAUCUGCCCGCCGAACAUGACUGGUCUCAACUGCGGUAAUCCCGCUUACUCCACGCCGAUCAUAUCCAGCCACUUCAACAUCACUUGGGAGCAGAUGAUGUGGAUAGGGGUCGCGGUAUUGCUCAACGUGUUCGUCAUCAUUGUGUUCGUCGCUUUCCGGCGUAUUCGCUUGAAGCGGACCAGGGCUCGCGCCAACAACAUCAACAACGAGACGCGCAAACAGAUCGUCCUGAAUUCCGCGAGACCGUCCGAACACGAGUUCAAGCGCAGCUCAAAGCUAAGCAACCUGGAAGUCAUACAGAGAGAACCUCCCCAAUGUCCUCCCAGACCCGCCUCCUACACUCCCAGUUCGAACAAUGAGCCGGCCGCAUACGGUAACUCGGCGGCGGCAGCGGCUCUAAAUAAUUUGGAUACCCUGCGCAGCUACGGCAGCGCAGGCGACGAGCUAGAGAACUUUCCACCGGAUUAUCUGAGAAACCUAAAUCGCAGCACUCCCGUACCACCUCCGUCCUUGACUCUCACUAACCCGGUCGGCGGGAACGCAACUGGCAGCGACACGGACAGUCUGCACAAGCCCACCUGGCAGGAACAGAUGCAGCUGGCCUCCUUCAUAACCGAUACCACCAAGAUCAAGAACGACCUGAAACGAGCGAGCCCAGUGGUACCAGAGCUGACCACUGGAGGACUUCUACUAAACUCUUCUCGACGUCUGCCUCAUGCGAUCGGAUCUUCCGUUGCUUCCGUGACAUCCAUCGAGGAUGAUCCUCGCAUCGUUGGUGGGUAUCAUUGGGACUGCUCAGACUGGGUCAGGCGAAGUCAAAAUCCCUUACCCAACAUCACGGAAGUACCCGGCAGCGAAGUCCCGGACUCGUCCAGUUUCCACAGCAACGAGAGUAACGAAUCCAAUACUCAUCAGUUACCAUCGAUACACGGUCCAGUAGACCCGACGAGAGACAUCGAGACCUUGAACGAGGAUCAGGAGUCGGAAUAUGUCGGCGAUUCCGAGUGCGGGACCGAGUUCUCGGAGCAGUAUCAUUGCGCGGAGACGCAGCGUCUCAAUCCUCUCGACAGCGGCGGCGAAGGAGAGUACAAGUACAAGAGCUCCGAGAGCUACCUUCGGCACCCGAACUCGUACCUACCGCAUUAUAACAUUCACACCGACACCGAAAACGAGACGAACCCGUUGAAUGGUCGUCUCAGUACUUUGGAUCGCCGUAACCGAUGCCACAAGGCGGUGGAUGAGGUGGACGAGAUCGGCUCCGUCAUUACCACGCUAGAAGAGAGGAACUCGCUAUUGGGCGGCGCUACCAGCAAUAGCGAUCUCUCGACGAAUCUAUGCGAGAUCGACGAUUCCGAAUACGAGAUCGCGGAGCAAAAGAGCAACGGCCGUCUAUGGCUUUCGGGCAACGGCAUCACGCAGACCUCAGUGUGA